AUGCAGCCUCGGACCCAGCCUCUAGCCCAGGCUCUACCCUUCUCUCUUGGAGGAGUCCUGCGAGAUGCCGGGCUCCGGGUGCCUGUCAUUAAAAUGGGCACAGGGUGGGAGGGCCUGCAGCGCACCCUGAAGGAAGUUGCCUACGUCCUCCUCUGCUGUUGGUGUAUCAAGGAGCUGCUGGAUUAAUGACAGGAGGAACUGCAGCUGCCUCUUCCCUCUGGCACCAUGGCUGGCAUCACUCAGUCCCAUCAAGACUCCAGGACCAGCUGUGCAACUAAGGAUGGGCCAUGAGCAAGUGAAGAG